GUGGUGUCAUGGUGUGGGAACGCGUGGGAACGCCGUUCCCACACUGGUUAAGAAAAGAAAAAAAAUAAUAGAGAAUUUAGGUUUUGUAAACAAAAAUAGCAAUGCGUUCCGGCACUGCGUUCCCGCACUGCUAAUUUUGCCAUGACACCACUGGUCUAUAACAAUAACAAACAGCUGAGCCGAGUGCGAAUAUGUAAUCCAAAAUGGUGGGGAAGAAUUCGACAUUCGCUUAACGAACCGUCAAACCAAAUCAAACCACACACAACUUUUAGUGCCACCGGACAGUAGUAGUUGUGGUCGUUUUCCGAGCCACGCUUUCUUAUCAUUGUAAGUUAAACUCGCGCGAAAAUAUGAAUGAAGUGGACAAGCCAUCGGUUAACAAUUUUCCGACCGGGCGGUCGAAGCUUGAACCGGCGGUCAAUCACAAUCACAAUGACAGGAAAAGUUUAGUGAUCAGGAAGGAAUCCCAAGUGUCGUUGUCCAGUGUUUCGGAUUGUCUUUCAGAUGAAAGUGAGGACUAUGGAGUGCAGAUCGAGAGGAAAACGUCACUGCAGGAAUUUGCUAAGAAAGUUGAUGACAAGAGAAUUUUGUACAAACAACGGGGACGUUCUAUGUCAGAUGGAGAGACGCGAAGGAUAAAAAAUGAUGACUCAACUUUUGAAGUAUUUCCUAGUCUGCCAAAUUCUGUGUUAGAGAAAUUAGGACUUCGUGGAGAUGGGCCACGGUUCCUAGAGGCUAAUGUUGGAUCAGUGUGGGAUGCCAAAAUGGCUAUAUCAUCAGCAAAUGUCGCAACAGUGGUAAGUCGUGUUGAUGGCACGUCUGCAGUAUACAAUAGGGAGCAUAUGAACGAAGAAGAACUAGAACAAAAAUUCACGAGCCUUGCCUUAGCCUUCACGAUAGAUGCUACUACAAUAAAGGAUAGAUGCGAGAGGCAAAGACGCUCUAGGGACCAAACUGAAAACAAUCUUACUAAAGAAAUCGAAAAGCUUAGAGAAAAACUGACUUUCAUGCAGCCACUCUGCAAAGAUUAUGAAACAGCCGAAAUAUUUUCAACAAUUAUGACUCAGUUAGAUAUAAUAAUGAAUGCUGCGUCAUUAGCUUCGAUGUCGGCCGAACGGUUUGGAUCAGUUCAACACGAAGAACGUUUAACGGAAUCAGUAGGUCUUAUGGUCAGCCAUGUACAAAUGUUGAAACAACAGAGAGACGCUACGAGGAGACAGUUGCAAUAUACCAAAAGAGUUCUGCAAAAUUCAGCAGACUCUCCUACUAGAGGAAUCAAUUCCCUCCCAGCAAAUAAUCACCAACUGGCAUCACCAACAUCCCCAGGUUUAAAAAUAAUUAGUAAAAGACGUGCCAGUAUUGCAACGUUUGCUCAACCACCCAACGAAAAUAACCCAAAUAGGACCAUAAUCGAAACUAAGAAAAUUACUAGAAGAACCUCAGAUUUAAAUUUAAGAACUGGAGUUCUUUGCAGAAGACCUACCAGAUUAGAAUUGGGUGGAGAACUAGUCAAAAUUAAAGAAGGAUAUGCGGAGACAUCAAACGAAAGCGAGAAAACAUCAGAUGUAGAAAGUGAAGAAACCUGUUUUUCAACGCCAAAUGUAUCUAGUCCCGAGGAAGAACCUACAAAGGAUAUUGACGUUUCUAAACUUCCAUUAAGGGAACAACUAAUAUAUAGAUUUAAGUCAAUUAGCACAAAAAUAGAAGACAAAUACAAUAUAUGGACACAGAAUGGGAAAAUGCACGAAAUCUACACAUUCUGCGCUGUAAUUUGCUUUUCCCUAAGCCUCAUUCUACUACUAAACAUUCUUGCCGAAUACGAAUUUGCGAAAAGAGGAAUAUUUUCAUGGACGUGGACAGAUGAGACCCAGAAGAAGUUCAAUAACGUUAAGAACUGAUGUUAUAAGUGUUUUAUUAUUGACUCGAAAAGAAUCUUGUUGUUUUAUGUUGUUCGAAAAUAAACGUUUUGUACUGUC